CAAUGGUAGAGUUGUGUGCGGAUGUGCUAUGUGGAAAUACACUCAUUUUGUAUUUGACUUGGACUUGACAAGUGUAGUGAUAUUUGAUUGCGCCCGAGUUGCGAUUUUUAUUCUGUAAAUAUUAAGAAGUUUUCUGUAAGUUUAAAAUUAAUAAUUUGGCUAAAAUGUCUGAAGAUCAAAUGCAUUAUAUUCCUGAGUCAACAUCAGUAAGCAAAAGAAAAAUGUGCCAUAUAGUGAAACGUGAUGAUUUUGAUGGUUAUGGAUUUAAUUUACAUUCUGAAAAAAUUAAACCUGGUCAAUAUAUUGGUAAAGUUGAUAAAAAUUCACCCGCAGAAUCGGCUGGGCUACGAGAAGGCGAUCAAAUAAUUGAAGUUAAUGGCGUUACUAUUGGUAACGAAAGUCAUAAGCAGGUAGUGCAACGCAUUAAAUCUAUCGCAAAUGAGGUGCGACUUUUGCUUUUGGAUGUAGACCGAAAUAACUUAACAAAACACCAUCCUAUUCCAUUUUCUUCAAUUUCAAAUGAUAGCGAAUCUGUUGAUAUAAAAAUCAACAACAAUGAAAAUAUUUUUGACGAUGCUCUACAGUUCAACUCUGGGAGCAAUCCAAACAUUAAUAGUAAAAGCAGCAUCAUAGACCGAACUGCUCAAAACGAAUGCGAAAAUUCUUCAAAUAAUGUAUAUAGUGACGAUCAUGAUGACUAUAAGGCUGGUGAAGCGAUACCUUACAGUGCUAAUAAUUUUGUCAAUGAAAAGACUGUAUCAGAUCGUGACCAUCAACUCAAUAUUGCACAAGAGCGUAACAGAAAGUGUACCUUAACUGAAGGCGGCAAUAGUAACACCACUUCCAAUUCUGCCAAUUUGGAGCUUCCAAUGACUGCAGCUGAAAUGCGUGCAAAACUUUUUGCUAAAAAAAAAUAUAACCCGAAAACCGAUAUUGUCGAUAUUCGGAAAAAAUUUGAAAUUAUUCAAAAGCUUUAAUUUAUUGUAUGCUUCAUACAUUAACACAAAACUGUAAACUUCGAAAGAAACAAACGCAAAUUAGUAUGCUAGAACUGAGUACUUAAUCUUUUAUAUUUAGAGUAUGAUAUUAAUAUAAUUUUACAUGUAUCAAAUUUAAGUUAUGAAUAAUAAUAUUUAGAAUAAUUACUAUAUGCACGUGACUUGAAUGAUAAUAGAAUGAUUAUGCACGUGAAUUGUUCGUAUUUGAUGUAUUAUUGUAUUUAUGUAUAUCUACAAACAACAUGAUAAUAAUUAUUUUUAAACAAAUUGAAUAUUUAGAAUUAUUUCACAAAAAUAAUCUACCUUUUAUGUUUUUGAUUUAGCAUCUAUAUUAGCAAAGCUGUAAUAUUUUGAUAUACAAUUAUUGUUAUUAUUAUUAUUAGCAUGUUCAAUACAAUUAAUAUAUAGAACUUAGCUUAUACACAUAUUUCAGUAACAAAGUUUUUCCGAACUUGACGGUUUCGUACCAUAAAUGCCAGUUCAUUUAUAGUUGUUGAUAUUUCGUUUGUGAAGCCCUAGCAUCACAAAGCUAGCGUGUGCCCUAGCCAAGCAUAUUUCCGUACCUCUUUUUCCAUCGGUUUUUGACCUUUAGUGCGUUAAUUUGAUGUUAUUUUUUGGUAUCAAAUUCUUAAAAUUGUACGCAAACAUCUAUUUCAUUGUAACAGCUUUUGAUGCGUACCAGGUUUCACAUCAAUAUAGUGAAACGGAUUUGCCAAUUAUCUUUUUAUACCCAUCAUUAAUAGGUCCAAUUUGUGGGUUAAAGAAACGAUCUAAUCAGUACGAUUAGAUCGUUUCUGUUAAGGGUGUAUAGGACUUUAUUAAGCUGACUGUUAAGGCUUUUUUAAAAAGAUGUAUUGGUGCAAAGCAUUGCAUGACAGUUGUGGUAUGGUUUGGUUUCUAAGCGGGUAGAAAUAAUUCGUUCAGAUGUGUGUUUUCAGCUUAACAGAGCAUUUUUAGUUCUUGCUGAAAGGUAUAGAGCGAUUCUACCUAUAUUUGGUACUCUGUUAGCAGAGAAUAGUAGGAAGCAUUUCUCUACUUCCACUCCUGCGCACUUCACUCAAUUCAAUGUGUUUGAUGAUUAAGCGCUCUCAUUAAGCAACAAGUUGCGAGUAAUUACUACUUCGGUACAAUGUACGACGUAUUUGGUCAACGUAUUAGGGCACCGGUUGUUACUUUGUGUCGGUACUUAAAUCGUUUCUUCUCAGUAUGAGCAGGUGAUUGGCUAACGCCACUUUGUUCGAUGACAAGGUUGCUGUCUUAAAUGUAUAUAAUAUCAAGGAUUGUCUCACAUGUCUCCGAACCGAUUUUUGCGUGAUUAUAUCGCUAAGUACCCAUUUCCUCUUUAGUAGUAAGUACGUGAAGUGCCACGUAAAGGCAGAGGUUGACAGUUGAUCUGAGAGACUAUAGUAUGACGCAUCAAAAUCCAUAUCCCUCAAAUGAUGUGCUUAUAUAUUUUAAUAAUUGUCUUUUAAUAGCGCAUAUAGAUGAGUUGUCUUGAGGAAUGGGUCGGACGCCAUAGAGUAGGAUGAAUUAUUGUGGUAGUCGGUUUAGUUCACCAACGUUUUUAGAUCUUAUCGGUUCAUUAUGAUACCACUGCUGAACAAGGAAAACUAUGUACUUAUCCAAAAAUCUAAGUCCAUAAAGCACAAGAUAUUUUUAAUCAUAGUUAUUCUGAAUCACAUGGAAAUGGGAGUUUUCCCCUUUUCCCAAUGUUGCUAUUCUGAAUCAUAUGCGAAUGAAAAUUUUGUUCCCUAUUCCCAAAUCCUUUAUUCUGAAUCAUGUAGGAAUGGGAGUUUUUUCUCAAUUUUACACAAAAUUUUCGCAAGCAAAUUGUUUGGGAGAUAAGUUAAUAAAGUGUUAAAAAAAGUUUA